AUGUAUCCCAACUUAGCCAACAAGCUUACGGGAAUGCUUUUAGGAGUGGAUAACGCAGAGGUUAUAAAUCUUUUAGAAUCUGAAGAUCUGCUACGCGCCAAGUGUGAAGAAGGCAUCAAUGUACUGAGAAGCAGCCAAAAUCAACAAGGUGACAUUGCAGAAGGUAGACAUACUUCCACAGGCCAGAAUGGUGAUGGCUCAACUGGAGCAGGGUCUAUGAAACCUGAAGAUUCCAAUAACUAA